GAAAAAUGCCAUUUUCCAUUUCUGUUUGCUGCUCCAAGGUCCUCAUCGUCGUUAUCCUACGAGAUAAUGACGUGCUAAGAGGAAGCCGACGCCCUUCAUGACCCAGCUACGCAGCCGCCAGUAGUGACCACCCUUUUCUAUCCAUUUGACCGCAUCCAUGGGCGCCAUCAACAGCGUACGCCGCCUCACGAUCCAGACCAUCGGCCUCCUCGAGGCCCUCGAGCCGACGACGGCCGAAGUCGCGCUCAAGGCCGAGGCCGUCGACGCGAUGCAGCGCCUCGUGCAGGCGAAAUGGCCGCACUUGCGUCUUCGCGCCUUUGGCUCGUCGCAAAAUGGCUUUGGCGGCGGCAGCAGCGACCUCGACAUUGGUCUCUUCUUUGACGACCCCGCCAAGCUCGCGGCCAUCAACUGGAAUGACCGCGUCCAGAUCCUCGCCAGCGUCGCGGGCCUCCUCGCGCACCCGGGCGACCUGCAGCUCGAGCAGUUCAUCUACAGCGCCCGCGUGCCGCUGCUCAAGUUUUGGGACACGCGCCGCAAGAUUGCCAUUGACGUUACGGUCGGCAACCCGCUAGCCUUGGAGAACACGCGGCUUUUGCGCCAGUACGGCCAAGUCGACGCGCGUGUGCGCCCUCUCGUGUUUGCCGUCAAGCACUGGGCCAAGCAGCGCGGAAUCAACGACGCCUCGAACGGCUCGUUGAGCUCCUACGCGUGGAUCAUGCUGGUCAUCUUCUACCUCCAGACGCGGUCGACACCGAUCCUGCCGUGUCUGCCAACCGAGGCCUCGAGCAGCCUCGUGGCUGCCUGCCCGACGCCCGAGGCCAUGCCGUCGCGCUGCGGCCACGACUCGGUCGGCGCACUCCUCGCCGGGUUUUUCCACUUUUACGCGUGGGAUUUUGACUACAAGUCGACGGUUGUGAGCAUUCGAACUGGCGCGGGGCUGCCCAAGAUGGGCAAGUGGGGCCUCGGCCUUGGCACGUGGCGCUUCUCGAUCGAAGACCCGUUUGACCUCGGCCAUGACGUGGGCCGCGUCAUCUUUCAUCCCAAGGGCCAGGCCCGCCUCAACGACGAGCUGCGCCGCGCGGCGACGAUGGCGCUGGUGCCGGACGGCCACCUCGACGUCAUUUGCGCACCGCUCGAGGAGCUCACGUGCUUUAUUUGCAACGCGCGGGCGCACAAGCCGCGCGACUGCCCCGACAUGUGGCUGCCACCAACGGCAGCGACGUCGCCCGUGUCGUCCAGCGGCAGCGCGAGCUCGUAUGGCAAGUCCACUGGCAAGCCGCCGAAGGUCGUGUCGAUCAAGGCGGCGACGCCGACGGCCGUCAAGAACCAUAAAUUCCACCUCGAGAGCAAGAAGCGACCCCGACGACGCUCCAAGAGCUCCCCAAAGAAAAAAAUGAUGCUCAUCUAGUCGAGUCCCAUUUGAUUUUCGUUGUCGUCGUCCACGAUGUGUGUCUCUCCUAUUUACUACCUCUCUACGAACUAGAUUGUCGUGAUCUAGUACAAUAACAAACAAAAUUCAUGUCGCAUGUGCCACCGGGUUCAAAA